AAGAAAAAUUAGAGAAAGCGAAAACCCUUCCAUGUAUCUCCUUCCUCCUCUUGGAAACCAUAUCCUGCAAGUCUACACUCUCAAGCACAAAAACGAGACGCUCUUCGAUUGUUAGCAACGAGAAGGCGUUGUUUCUCUCAUUUCUCCUCUCUUGUUACUUUGUUUCUUUCUCUUCUGUCUGAAAUCUGAAGUCUAGUGUUCUCCGUCGAUUUCCCCUUAUCAAUUCUACCAUUACUGGUUCACUGUGCAUCUUAAUGAGACCUGCAAUUCUGCGCCCUUAAGCCUCCUCAAUGGCGAUGGCAAUGAGAGCGGCAAACAGCUAUUCUAUCUUUAUAUCUGCUAAUUCCUCUCUCUCUGCAUUUCGAUGUAGUUUAUCUUAUAUUCGGCCUUCGCAUGUGAGCAGAACCCAGAAAUUAGGGCUUCAAACAAUGCGGUCGAAUAAGCUCAUAGUUCGUGGCAACACUCUACGUUGUUCCGUUCAUAGCCUCGUCGAAAGCGUCAUUGAAGAGCUCGAAGAGAUACGCGCAAGGAAGCGAGUUCGUGCCAGCAGCAAAAUGGGAUUUAUGAGCAGCAAGGAUCUUGUUGAAGAUAAACUUGAGAAGCAGAUGCUGCAGAAAGGGCUGCUGCUGGAAUUCCGGAAAGAUUCUGAAAGGGUAUUGCUGGCAGUUGCUCAGAAACCGGAUGGAAAGAAGAACUGGAUGGUGUCUGAUCAGCAGAAUGGCGUCACAUCCUCCAUUAAGCCCCAACAAAUUACAUAUAUUAUUCCGGGUGUUGAAAAUUUUGAUCACGCAGAGAUUUCAAAUUUUAUUCAGAAGGCUCAUGAUCAUUUGGACCCAACAUUACUUGAAUAUGCUUGGAUGGAGCUUCUGGAAAAGAACAAGUCAGUGACACCAGAAGAGCUUGCUGAGAUUAUAUUUGGUAGCAUGGAUCCGUUGGAAAGUUACUGUGGCCAUUUGUUGCUAUCAAGAGAUGAAAUUUAUUUCACUACAGUGGAGUCUAAAGGUUCCCAUUCUGUUUAUGAGCCACGUCCAACUGUUCAGGUAGAAGAACUACUGUGUCGGAAGCAAGCAAAGGAGGCAGCAGAAAAGGAGCUCCAGGAGUUUGUACAGACAUUGAUGUCUGCUAAGGCAAUGCCUUCACAUUCUAAACCUCCCAAGGGGUCAUGGAUGGUGGAAGAGAAUACCCGUCAAAGGAUUAAAUCUCUUGAGGCUUAUGCUAUUGAUGCUUGCAAAACAGAUGACCAGAAGAAAAUGGCUGGAGUGAUACUUAAGGCGAUGGGACUGCCGAAGAUGUCAUCUUCUGCUUUAAAUCUCCUCAUUGAUAUUGGGUAUUUCCCUGUACAUGUCAACCUUGAUCUUCUGAAAUUCAACAUCCGUACUGAAUAUUCAGAUGAGAUUAUGUCAGCCGAGGAAAGCCUUUUAUCAGGGUCACCUGAUCUGGACAUGAUGGUACGGAAAGAUUUUACACACUUGAAGGUCUAUGCUAUUGAUGUUGAUGAAGCUGAUGAGCUUGAUGAUGCCCUAAGUGCAACAAGGCUUCCAGAUGGCCGGAUCAAAGUUUGGAUACACGUUGCUGAUCCAACUAGCUUGGUUCAACCCAGGAGCAUAAUUGACAGAGAGGCAAUGAGAAGAGGCACGUCUGUUUUCUUGCCAACUGCCACUUUCCCUAUGUUCCCGGAGAAACUUGCAAUGAAGGGAAUGAGCUUAAAACAGGGAAAACUUUGCAAUGCUGUCACAGUAUCUGUUACACUGCAUCCUGAUGGCAGCAUUGCAGAAUACACGAUAGAUAACUCAAUCAUCAGACCAACUUAUAUGUUGACAUAUGAGAGUGCGUCUGAGUUGCUUCGCUUGAACCUGGAAGAGGAGGCUGAACUGAGAAUUCUAUCCGAAGCUGCUGCCCUCAGGUUACAAUGGCGACGGCAACAGGGUGCAAUUGACACAGUCACAAUAGAAGCACGUGUCAAGGUCGCCAAUCCAGAUGAUCCAGAGCCAUCCAUCAAUCUCUAUGUUGAAAAUCAAGCAGAUCCUGCUAUGCGACUUGUCUCAGAGAUGAUGAUACUUUGUGGAGAAGUUAUAGCCACCUUUGGUUCUUCCAACAACAUACCUUUACCUUACAGGGGCCAGCCUCAGUCGAACAUUGAUUCAUCUGCAUUUGCUCAUCUCCCAGAAGGACCUGUUAGAAGCUAUGCGUAUGUAAAAAUUAUGCGUGCAGCAGAAAUGGAUUUCAGGAGUCCUAUACGCCAUGGUAUCUUGGGGAUUCCUGGAUAUGUGCAGUUUACAUCUCCAAUCCGCAGAUACAUGGAUCUUCUUGCUCACUAUCAGGUGAAAGCCUUUCUUAAAGGAGAUGCUCCUCCUUUUUCAGCUGGUCAGUUGGAAGGGUUGGCAUCACUGAUAAACAUGCAUGUUAGAGUGGCGAAGAGACUCUACAACAGCAGCCUUCGGUAUUGGUUAUUAGAGUUCCUGAGAAGGCAACCCAAAGAAAAGAAGUUCCGUGCCUUGAUCCUUAGAUUUAUCAAAGAUCGAAUGGCAGCCUUACUGUUGAUGGAGGUUGGAAUCCAAGCUUCUGUUUGGGUAUCCAUGGGUAUACAGAUUGGAGAUGAAAUAGAAGUUAAGGUGGAUGAAGCUCAUCCACGUGAUGAUGUUCUGUCACUGAAGGAAGUUAUUUGAGGCAUUUAAAAGGACCCUUCAAUGCCAAAAGUCAGCCUUGCAACGACAUUGGCCCUUUAUGCUGCUAAGGCCCUUUUAAUGAGGUAUACCUUGCUGUACUUGGAAAUUGUUCGGCAAAGGUCUCGAUCUUCUCUCUUUACAUGGUAUGGAAUUAACAGGUAUUAAAUGUUUGGUGCUGUGCAAGGUUGUCCAUCUUGUAGAUGAUCUGCAGUGGAGUAGACAUCAUUGAUGAGAGAGAAUCUUCGUAAUUGUUGGCCUGGUUAUAAGAUCACCCUUACUGCCACAUUACACACUAACAUACUUGCCCCAUUGGAAGAACUCACUCCUGCUAUCAGCAUUCAGGUCCCCAAGGAUCUCAGCUUGUAAAUUGAUGAUUUACUGGUUGAAUUUCUGGCAGUUUUGUUUACUCUAUUUGGCAUGCUUCAUGCAUGGAUAAUGUGGUGUUUCGAACAGGUGUUUUGACUAUUUUCUUAAGUCUGAUACCAGGAAUACUUGUAUAUAUAGAACAAUUGCUUCUACCAAGUAAAUGUGUGACACCUUUUUUUCCCCAAAGUUGGCAUUUGACUGAUCUUGGAGUUGUAAUUAGUUGCCAAACAGGAGUGUUCUGAUAAGCUCAAGCUCAUCCCAGGAUGAAUGGGAUCCAGAUGCCGGCAGUGGGAUCCUGAUCACCGUAAGAUAUGUGAAGGGGGAUGAAUGGAUGAUACAGCACUAUAGCUACGCAAGGAUUCUCUUGGACUCGUUGGGCUCUGAGAUGUGGAUCGCUGCAUGAGGUAACUAUCUGCCUGCUACCUUUAUCAGAGUCGAAAUGACAUGUCCUCUUUGGAUGAUCUUUUCUUUUCCGAAGUUUCACGGGUAUAAGGAUUUGGGAGACAUUGUAAAACAUAUCAAUCAAGCAAUCUACUUUUGUCCUUAUCCUUUUGUCAAGAACUAUAUGUAGUCUUGUAUUGUAUGGUUGGGGGCGUGAAGAAGCAUUAUACUCUAUGUAGGUUAAUAACAUUCAUGAAGCCAUCCACUUCUCAAAA